AUGAAUUCCACUUUAAUCAUUCUCAGUACUAAAGCCAUACAACGCAUAUCAGAGUCGGUGUUUGUGGGACUGUGUCGUAAAGUGGGGACCUCACAAGUGGUGGCCAUAAGGAGAGAUGUGAUGGACUUCAGGGAUAUGGUGAGAAAUCAAGUGAAAUCAAGUCAUAAGUUCAGACUGAUGGUGAGUGGAAGUCAAAGAGAAGGAUUCAGACUGAAAGGGUCAGAUAUAGAUUCUAUGUUCUGGCCAAGCAAUAACCGUGUGAUCUGGGAAUUAUCUCAGUCUCAGUAUUACAACACACACAGACAAGCACUGAUCCUCUGUGACUGUUCUGAUAGUCCACCAGGAUUUACUUUGUUAUAUUUACUGUCACCAAAAACGAACAGAUACAUCUUUAGAGCAUGUGUUAGAAUGAAUAACAGAUAUUAUGUAUCUAGUUCUAAACACAGACAGAUCUUUUUAUCUAAUUCAACAUUUAAUUAUAACCCUACUCCACAUGGACCCUGUGCCAGUAGAACAUUGGGAACACAAGAAUCUGAUCAUGCCUACUGUCUUAUCAGUGAUAUUUGGCCUCCCUCUGCCUCCCCAUGGAUAGACAGAUGUCAUUCAUGGCCCCAGCCUCAUGUUGUUGAUGAUAAAGUGAAAAAUGGAUGUCACUUUGUAGCAAUUGGACAUAAGCUAGGAAAUCAUGAAGAUCAUGAAUGGAGAAUUUCUUUCUCCCAAGCAGAACAAAAACUUGUGUUUGUAAUGAAUCACUGUCAAUUCUUAACGUACGGCCUACUUAAAUUGAUCUUAACAGAAAUAAUUAACAAUGGAGUAGGUGAUGAUGAUAAAUUAAUGUGUUCCUAUCACAUGAAGACGGCAGUUUUCUGGGUGAUUCAACAAAAUACAGUACCUCACUGGUCUCCACAAAAUCUAUUGGAGGGUUUCUGGGUCUGUUUUAAACUCAUUCUCAAAUGGGUGUAUGAGGGGGUCUGUCCUAACUUUUUCAUUCCAGACAACAAUAUGUUUCUGAGUAAAAUUCAUGGUGUCAAACAAAAUCAGUUAUUUAUAAGACUGUCCGAGUUGUAUGAAAAAGGUUUAGCAUUCCUGCUACAUAGUCCCUCCAUUAGAUCUUGUAUUAUAGAUGUCCUCUAUAACCCCAGAAACUCCAUCUGUACAGAAGAUCAUAUUCUGAUUUCUGAGGCUGAGUUUGAUGGAAAUCUAUUUUGUGAAAUACUACGUCAUUACACAAUACCAGUCCAAGUGGACAUGCAAAUCUGCAUUAGAUACCUACAAACAAUAGAACAGAUGAUAAGUUUACCCCUCCUGACACAGUGUCAAGUUAUUAUGCUACAGAACAUGACCGCUACGAUCCUUCAGUACAAUGCUUUUAUAUUUCACAUAGAAACAUACACACCUGACAAAAAACUGAGUUAUAGAGCUGACAAAAUGUCCUGUCACAUGCUGAAAUUAGCAGCCAGGUUUGGUUGUAUUACAGACAUGCUGUACAUAGCCAUGCAUUAUUAUAAGACACUUAGAUACAUGGAAGCUUUAUCUAUUAUAGACAUGAUCAAGGUCAAGUUAGCACAGCCAUAUGUGAUGAAUAUGGGUAAUAGAGAUAAAGAGAUACAUGUAGACACAAUGCGAGCACAAACAGCUCGAGAUGAUCUACAGACCCUAGUUCACUAUGAUCAGGGACAGCUUAUUUUUUCAGAUCAUAGAGACAUAUCGUGGCAGAUUCUGGGGAUCUGUCAACAGGUGACAGGGAACCCCCACGCUGCUCUAUAUUCAUACCAACAAUCUCUCAGACAAGAACCAUUCCACAAUAUACAAACAGCUACAGAAAUGAGAAUACAGAGUUUGUCAAUGGAUUCUUUUAAUUAAUUAAAUGUCAGAUUACACUUUUAGGAGUUCACCUGAAAGAUAAUAUCGUUUACAUAUCCUCUUCUGACUUCAUAUUUUCUUUUCUGUCUGUUUUAUUAUAUGUAUUACAAAGCAAAUAACAAGUCUAUAAUAAAAUGAAAG